CUCACAUUCGUCACAUAAUUGAAACCCAAAGACAAGCAGGAAAUCUCAUCUCAAUCAAAGGAAUCUGCCAUGCUUAUUAGGAUCCUGCAUCUUUUUCUGGGCUCUAAAAUUAGUUUCUAGGGUUGGUUUCGUUACCUAAAACCUCAUUCUUCUGGUCAUUACUCAACGACCCAUUUGAAUGUUUGAUGAUAGGAGUCGAAUUCACUAUUAGCUCCUCAGAUCUGGCAGGUUUUGGGCGUCUUUGAAGAGGUGGUUCUUUGGUUCCAAAAUUGGACCUUGACCGACGCGGAUAUCUCCUCCUGUGAACUUAGAAGGCGCAAAGGGGCCUAUGAGGAGGGAGAUUUGACGGGCUCGGAUUGGAAGAAAAACAGAGAGAGGGCUAGAAGAAUAGUAUUUAAAGAAACAACGACGAAAAUGAACGGCUUGUAUAGAGGUUGGUGAGUUGGUGGUGGCUUUGUGAAUCACUGAGGGAUUGAGGAGAUGGACGAGAUUGGAAGAGGAACCGGGGCCUGCUGGCCUCGUCCAAGAACUCCAUGGUUGCAGUGACAAAGGCGACGACUUCCUCAGCAAGUCAGCCUGCAUGCUUGAUGAUGGGCUUGGGUACUAGAAGAUAAGGGGAAACAGUUACAAAUUAAUUAAGCUUUGCCCAUUUAAAAAAGGCCCAAUCAACCCAAGCAAAGUUUAGCCCAUUUAAGAAAGGCCCAAUCAACCCAUCCGUAAUCCAGUUCUAUUCAGAAAGGCUAGUCGAAACUCAAAACCAGCUCCAGCAGAGGGGAAAAGGCCAUUCCUAAUUCCAAAAUUUUCAUCCGAAAUUUUGUUGGUUCGUGCGAGCGAUAGACUCCUCUCAGGGAAGCCAACUGAUAAUAAAAACAAUGGCGGCUUUAACUUCUGGAUCCAAACCCCUGAAAGAAUAUCUUAAGCGGUAUGAAAGUAAAAAUGAAGAAGAGAAGAGAAGGAAGAAGAAGAAGAAGAAAAGCAAACCAGUGGCUACCGGUGUUUUAGUCGUUGACGAAGAUCCUGUUUGGCAAAAAGCUGUAAACCUUGAAGAAGAUAAUGGAGAUGAAUCUGCUGAUGAAGAUAAGCCCCAAGUUGAUGAAGACGUAGAAGCACAACGAGUGAUGAGGCUGGAGCAACUUAUGGCUAGACGUGCUUACAAUGCAAUAGCUGAUGAUGGAAGUGGUUGGGUUUCACUAUCUCCUAAACAAAACGACAUUGGGGAUCGAAAUAUUGAUAUCUCACCGCCUCGUAGACAGAGGGCUCGAAAUGACACACCAUCACCAGAACGUCAGCGAAUGUCUUCUGGUGAUGGUAGAGAAAAUAUGGAUUUGGCUCCUCUGCGGCAGCAGCAAACAGACAACAAAUCUGGUUUACACGAACAUGAUGCGGAUCCUGCACAAACCACUGUCUUGAGUCCUGACUUGUCUCUACCCCAUAAAAGGAGGCUUAUGAAUGACACACUUUCUCCAGAAUAUAAAUCAAAGCAUUCAAGAGAAGAUCUUGAUUUGUCACCUCCACGGCAGCAGCGCAAAGCUAAUUAUUCUCCAUCACCUCAGCCAGAGGUGAAAUCUUUGCGUUCUACUGGUUUGAACAAUGACUUGUCUCCUCGUCGUAGACGGAGAGUUAGAAAUGAUACGACUGAACCUGAAUUGAUGCCUGCAAGACCAGAUACAGAUUUGUCACCACCGCGGCAGAGGCGCAAACGAUACUGUACUCCAUCACCAGAUCCUCAUACCAAAUCAGCGAGUCAUGCUGGGAAAAAUUCGGAUAUUUCCCCGCCUAGGCGAUCUCAUUCUAGAACAUCAGAAAGCCACGAGAGGAAGAAACCUGAAAACUUGCCUGACAUUACUCGCCGUCAGCGAGGCCCAUAUGAGGGUGAUGCAGAUGGUAACUUAAAGCCAGAUCUUUCACCCCCAAGGAAAGGCAGGAAUCUUUCUCCUCAACAUUCACAUAGGCGUUCAUUAGAAAAGAAUACUUCGCGUGUAUCAUUGGUUGAAGACCUUUCUCCACCAAGAAAAAAUGACAAGGUAAAUUUAGGUCCUGCUUCCUCAAGAGCAGAGUCGAAAACUGGUUUGAUUACUGGGCGGGAUGUGAGAGAACAGAUCUUCAAAGCUAAGAAGGAAGAUGUGUUGAGGUUUGAGCAGAUGGACCCUUCUAUAAGCGGACGAGGUGCUGAACCUGUGUAUCGUGAUAAAAAGGGUGAGCGAAUAUCGAAGGAGGAGUUCUUAAAAUCGAAGCAGAAAAUAGAAGAAAAGCCCAAGGAAAAGAAGUUGGAAUGGGGCAAGGGAUUGGCUCAGAAGCGGGAAGCCGAAGCUAGGCUUCAGGAAUUUGAAGUGGAGAAGGACAAACCAUUUGCACGAACCAGAGAUGAUCCGGAAUUGGACAAAAUGAUGAAAGAUAGAGUGAGAUGGGGUGAUCCUAUGGCACAUUUGGUGAAGAAGAAGCAUUCAGAACUGGUCCUGCCCGACUUGGGUGACAACGAGAAGAUGAAGGAAUCAGGGUUCAUAGUCCCUCAGGACGUCCCUAGUCAUAGCUGGAUGAAAAGAGGGUUAGAUGCUGCUCCAAAUCGAUAUGGUAUAAAACCGGGUAGGCAUUGGGAUGGUGUCGACCGAAGCAAUGGCUUUGAGAAGCAAAUGUUCAAAAGAACGAAUGAGAAACAAGCUACAGAAAGGGAGGCGUAUCUUUGGUCGGUGUCUGAUAUGUAAUUAUCAAUUCUGGAGAUUUGAUGCCCAUGGCAAGACCAGGAGGACUCACUGGGAGGGUAAUACGUGUGUUCUCCCCUAAGGGCAGUUGCAAUUGCUGGUUGGCAGCCCCCAGUUUUGAAUAAAAGAACAGUAUCUUAGAAUAUUGUAAUGUGACUUUCUUUUUCUGUUUUGCGAGGUUGAUAAGUUAUCAUUUCCCCUUUUCAUUCAGGAUAAUAGGCUGUCACAGUAAAUGUGUACUCAAUACUUGUGGUUUAGUUAGGCUAAAAGCGAUAUUUCCAGCCUUGGAUUUCACCA